CUCCCAAAUUCGCCCCACCCAACCGCACCACCAACCGCAAAUUCGCAGCACAUCCAACCAACGUCACGUUUGCCAUUCACCAGGGCUCCAUGCUGUGUGUUGUCUACUCAUCCGUCGUCUCGCUGGCUGUUUUCACUUCCCAUUCUAUCGAUAUUUUGUGUAGGCCUCGUCAAGGAUUUCGCCUUCCUCCUUUUCAGUUAGCCGUUCGCUGUCGUCCAUAAGCCUCAGGUCGUUCUCCCAAUUUACCCUUUCGUCCUAAAUUCUUCGAUCCUCGUCGAACAUAGCAUAAUCCCUCUCGCUUCAGCCCUUGAGCCAUGUCGCUCCCAGGCGAUACUCGCAGCAUCGCGACAGCUGGUACUGGCGGUUCAGAUGGCAGCAAAAGCGCGGUGGGCUUCGUGGGUCUGGGCGCGAUGGGUGGCGGCAUGGCGGCAGCUCUGGUGAAGCGAAGCUUUGCUGUGAAGGGAUUCGAUGUGUACCCCCCUGCAUGUGAGAAGCUCAGAGCAAUGGGGGGUGCUGCUGCUACCUCUGCCGCCGAUGCUGCUAAGGACGCGGCGGUCCUGGUGCUCAUGGUGACCACAGCACAGCAGGCAGAGGGCGCUCUGUUUGGCAGUCAGGGGGCGCUGGAUGCUCUCCCCCCCGCUGCAGUUGUAAUCCUCUGCUCCACGGUUCCGCCUGACUUUGCACGCAGCCUCUCCCAGAAGCUCACAGCCCAGGGCAAGGGGUGGGAGCUGGUGGAUGCUCCGGUGUCAGGAGGGGUGGCACGCGCGGCUGACGGCACCCUCACUAUAAUGGCCUCUGCUACGCCGGCUGCACUUGCCAAGGCGCAGCCAGAGCUGGAAGCCAUGAGUGCGAAGCUGUACAUUGUAGGCGACAAGCCUGGAGCAGGCAGUGCGGUGAAGAUGGUCAAUCAGCUGCUGGCCGGCGUACACAUAGCGGCAGCUGCAGAGGCCAUGGCAUUGGGGGCGAGGGCAGGGCUCAACCCGCGCAUGGUGUUCGACAUCAUCUCGCACGCCGCUGGCAACUCGUGGAUGUUUGAGAACCGAGUGCCGCACAUGCUGGAUAACGACUACACCCCUCGCUCCGCUUUAAACAUCUUCGUUAAGGACCUGGGCAUCGUGUUGGGCGAGGCACAGUCGCUGGCGUUCCCCUCCCUCUGGCGGCUGCAGCACACCAGCAGUUCCUGGCCGGCGCAGCAGCAGGACUGGGGAGAGAGGACGACGCUGCUGUCGUCAAGUUUGGGCAUUGUCUAUGAGCGCCUGGCAGGUGUGACAGUCGCCACCACCCUCCCCUCCUCCUCCCCCACCUCCUCUCCCCCCUCCACCUCCUGCUCUUCUCCUCUCCUGGAGCCCACCGUCCAAUCAAAAUCUGCCAUGCUGGCAGCGCUGCCGCCCGAGUGGACGGGCAGCCUGGAAGUGGGGGAGAGCGUGGAACAAAGCAGUGGAGGGACGGCGGGGGAGGGGAAAGCAGGGGGAGGGGAGGGGCGGGGAGGGGCGGUGGUGCCGGUGGUGCCGGUGGUGGUGGUGCUGGAUGACGACCCCACUGGCACUCAGACUGUGCAUGGCAUUCACGUGCUCACCACAUGGGACGUGGAGACGCUCACAGCCGAGAUGCUUAGCCUGACGCACGCCCCCCGUGCCGGCUUCUUCAUCCUCACCAACUCACGCGCAUUGCCAACAGAGCAGGCGGCAUCUCUCACUCGCACCAUCUGCAGCAAUGUUGUCACAGCAGCCCGGCAGGCUGGCAUCCUCAGCGGCAGCCCACCAUCGGAUCCCAAGGGCCCCGUGUGCAGAGGCAUCUCCAUCAUACUGCGAGGCGACUCUACCUCCGCGGGCACUUCCCCCAGCAGCCUUGAGGUGGAGGCGGCAGAGGCGGUGCUAGGGGGCGGAGUGGAUGCGUGGCUGCUCUGCCCUUUCUUCCUGGAGGGGGGGCGAUACACCAUAGGCGACGUGCACUAUGUGGCUGAUGGGCAGGACGGCCUAGUGGCAGCGGCACAGACAGAGUUUGCCAAAGAUGCUGCUUUCGGGUACCGCCACUCCAACCUCAAACAGUGGGUGGAGGAGAAAACAGCAGGCGCCAGGUCAGCAUCUGACGUGGCGUCUAUUUCCAUUGAGACCAUCAGAAAGGGCGGCCCCUCUGCUGUCUUCAAAGCCCUCAUGGGACUGCCUAAGGGCAGCGUGUGCAUCCUCAACGCUGCGAGCGACAGCGACCUGCACGUUGUGACAGCAGCGCUGCGCAGCGCCGAGUCCUCUGGCCGCUCCUUCCUCGUCCGCUCGGCCGCCUCCUUCGUCUCCUCCCUCCUCUGCAUCCCCAAGAUCGCCCCGCUGGGGCCCCCUGAGUGGGCACGCUUGCUGCUGGGGGGAGGGGCAGGGGAAGAGUGUGGGGGGGAGGGGGAGUGGGGACGGAAGUUGAAGCGGUGGGGAUGGGUGCGGAGUGGUGCUGGGGGGCUGAUUGUGGUGGGGUCUUACGUGCCCAAGACAAGUGCGCAGCUGGAGCAACUACUCAGCCGCCUUGGCGCGUCGCUGCACGUGAUACAGGUCAGCGCUGCUGAUGUGGCGUCUGACAGCUGGCAGGGGGAGAGGAGGGAAGCAGCAGUAGCGGGCAUGGCGGCAGAGGCUGAGGACGCACUGAGGGCGGGCAGGGAUACCGUCAUCAUGACGUCACGGGAGCUGGUCACAGGCUCGGACGCAUCCAGCAGUCUGGAGAUCGGGUCGCGAGUGAGCGCAGCUGUGGUGGACAUUGUUAGGGGCAUCAGCGUGCGCCCCAGAUAUAUCCUGGCUAAGGGCGGCAUAACAUCGUCCGAUGUGGCAACCAAGGCGCUGGGAGUGAGGAGGGCGAGGGUGGAGGGGCAGGCCAUGCCAGGAGUGCCCCUGUGGCUCCUGGAUGAUGCGUCUCGCUUCCCCGACCUGCCCUAUAUAGUGUUUCCUGGCAACGUGGGUUCAUCAGCAUCCCUUGCUGACGUCGUGCAGCGAUGGCGCACCGACCCCAUCACCCCGCCCCCAGCUGCCCCGGCACCUGCACCCCUGGGUGCACUCUCUACGCCUACCCCUCUCCUCUCCACGCUGGACCUGGUGCGGGCAGCAGCGGAGGGAGGGUAUGCGGUGGGGGCGUUCAACGUGUACAACCUGGAGGGGGUGCGGGCGGUGGUGCGCGCAGCAGAGGAGGAGAGGAGUCCAGCCAUCCUCCAGCUGCACCCUUCCGCCAUCCGUCACGGGGGCGACGCUCUCAUUGCUGCGUGCACCGCUGCUGCCCUGGCUGCCCAUGUGCCCAUCGCCCUGCACCUCGACCAUGCGACGGACCUGACGCUCAUUGAGCGGUGUGUGCACCAGGGCUGGUUCCACUCCAUCAUGGCAGACGGCUCCCACCUGCCCCUCGCUGACAACAUCGCCUUCACUCAACGCGUCGCUACCACACUUGCUCACCUCACAGCUCGAGCACCAGAAGCACCAGCAGCAGCAACAGCAGACGCUUCAUCAGCAGCGGCAGCAGCGGGCAGGGGGGCGGGCGUGGUGGUGAUAGAGGCAGAGGUGGGGCAAAUAGCGGGCGUGGAGGAUGGGGAGACGGUGGAGGAGAUUGCAGGCCGACUCACACAAGUGGAGCAGGCCGAGUCUUUCCUCCAGAGUGUCCCUCAGGUGUCGCUCCUGGCCGUCUGUGUGGGCAACCGACAUGGGCCCUACCCACCGUCUGUGCUUGCUACUCCCGACUCCAUCCUCAAUCUGGAUCUCCUGGCGAGUCUCAACACAGUCACAUCUCGCCACAGCGCCCAUCUUGUGCUCCACGGAGCCUCGGGAUUGCCGCCGCGCAUCGUGCUGGAGUGUGUGCGCUGCGGCGUGCGCAAGUUUAAUGUUAACACGGAAGUGAGGGCUGCUUAUAUGGAGGCGCUGAGGGAGGCCGCAGGGGGGGAAGGAGAGGAGGGGAGGGAAGGGGAGAGGAGGGAUCUGGUGGAUGUGAUGGGGGAGGCUGAGAGGAGGAUGGAGGGGGUGGUGAGGGAGAAACUGCGACUGUUUGGGUCGGCUGGUCGGGUGUGAGAGGAUGAAGAGGCUAUCGGUAUGGGCUGUGUGUCAGAGUAGAGGAGAGAUCUGGUGGAUGUGAUGGGAGGCCUGAGAGGAACUGAGGUUCUUUGGGCCGGUUGGUCGGGUGUGAGGGCGGUGAACAGGGUGGUGGAUGUGUGAAGGGAGUGAGGGGAAGGGGAGGGAUGUGGUGGAUGUGGUGGAUGUGGUGGAUGUGGUGGAUGUGGUGGAUGUGGUGGAUGUGGUGGAUGUGGUGGAUGUGGUGGAUGUGGUGGAUGUGGUGGAUGUGGUGGAUGUGGUGGAUGUGGUGGAUGUGAUGGGCCGGGCUGAGAGGAGAAAGGUGGGCGUGGUGAGAGGGAAACUUGGGCUGUUCGGGUUACUUUUGAGUCGACUCAAAAGUCACCUGAGGAGAAGGGUGGGUGUGGUGAGAGGAGAAGGGUGGGCGUGGUGAGAGGAGAAGGGUGGGCGUGGUGAGAGGGAAACUUGGGCUCUGUUCGGGUUGGGUUGGGUCAGCGCGCGUGAAACUUGGGCGGUUAUGGUGAGCUGGUUAGUGUGACAACGUGGAGCGGUGGUUGUGGAAGAAGGAGCAGCAACAGGGAGUAAGCAAGCAGAAAGAGACAGUGGUGAUGAAUGUUGGCAAAACUGUUGCUGUAGUGCAGUGGUGCGUGGGUGACACCGAUGGGUGCAGUGCAGAGCAUCGAUGUCAAUGGGUGGGGCAGGAAGGGAUGGAUGGAAUAUGAUGCCGAACAAAACUUGCUCUUUUAUCUGAUUGUUAUGUUAGUACGGUAGUUUACUUACGGUUUCGCAUCAUUUGGGUGCAAACUAGGACGAGGCAUGGGAUUUGCUUGAUAGCCAACAGCCACAUGGAGCACUGUUGCAAGGACCUCAUGAUUCAGCCACAUGAAGC